ACAGACGUCAACUUGCACAAAGGAUGAGAAGUGUCGUCACAAUGAAACUUGGUGUCAUAAAGUCUCGCUGAGUAGACUUUACGCAGAUGAACUUCGGUUGCGUAGCAUAGCUUACGAUGGACAAAAAGUGGUCUCCGAAAAAGUACAAAGGCUCCGCCAAGGAGAGGAAGGAUCUUAGCCGUCUGUACAUCAAACCAUAACGGCAACAUGAACCGCAUCAUGGAGUCAGCUCUGUGUGCAGAGAUCGACGAUGAGCCGCGCAUCAGGGCAAUCCUCCAAAGCCUCAUCGACGCGAAGGAGAUUCCAGCCCUCAAAGCCUUCACUCACGAGAGCGCAGAGAAGAGACACGGCCGAAAGCGCCAGGUGGAGAAGGAACGCAAGGAGGCAGAAGCCAGACAGAGAGACAUGGGCAUCUCCAGUGAAGACAGUCUUGACGAUUUGAUCAAGAGAAGACAGCAUUCCAGGGAGCAGGGCUUCAACUGCCUCAUCUCCCACCUGGAGGAGAAGUACGCGGAGGAGGACGCACCCGCUAAGAAGAAGGGGAAGAAGGGCACUCAAUAAGUCAACAAGUAUCUGGACUACUGCCAUUUGCAGAAGCCACCACAGCUCUACUAUAUAGGCCACCACUUGUGGUUAUUUUAGGAUCAAAUAAAUUGUCUGACAGCCGCA